GAGCAAAGUAGUUGCAUCGGUCCAUCCAGAAUAAGAUUUCCAAUCGUCGGAAUAGCAAUUCUCGUACAUCCAUAACAAAAAACCCCUUUCAUGAUGACUCAAACUUGCAUCGAUCAACCCGAAUCAAAAUCUCAAAUGCUAUCCACUCAACCUGGUGCUAUUAGUCCCAUGUCACUAUCAUUGCCAGUCGCACCAGACGGUAAACAGAAAGACGAAGAGCCGCCUUCGAAAGAUGGGCCUGUGUCACGUAUAGUUUUACGCCUUAGGGGUGGUGAAGGUCAUCACGCCUGUGCAGAAUGUUGCUGCUUCAUGUGCAUCUGUUGCGGACUCGAGGAACUGUGCUGUAUUGGCACUUUGGAUGAGUGCUUCGGCAUGUGCUGUUGAUCUCAUCAAGUCUGACUACCCCCCCACUCGCAGAUUUAUGUUGAGAUCGUAGAGAAGCAUUACCAUUGGCUCAUCUUGCUGACCAACUCAUUUCUGAUGUUUGAUGUGUCCCCAAACAGUCCAUUCUGACGGUGAUCAAGAGAUGCCUUAUUUUCAUAGGGGGUGAUCUCCGCAUCUGUGGCACGUGUCAAAUCAACGGUUUAAGGAACCCUUGCUCAUACUAUGCAAUGCUACUAAUUGUGCGAAAUACAUCUCAAUUUUCCCUCUUUAUGUAAUCUUUGCGGUCCUGUCCAAUGGUCCAAAUCCAUAUUUCUGUACCAACAAUUAACUUUUCUGUGGCAAUGUUAAUUAACUUUGCUGUGGC